GCAAACAUGGCUGUGAUCGGACAAUGUGAAUGUGGAUUUCUCGUCGAUCACAGGAAAAGUAUCUCUGAAUCAGUUUCAUCGUUGUCAUUGUCGUGUAAAGAAGCUUUCUUUGCUCUUUACGAGCCUCAUUUUAGAACUUCAACGAACAGCAGUUCAUCGGGAUCAAAAAGGAGAAAGCGGAAGAAAUCUGUCCAAGUUGUUCGUACAGAGGAAGAAUUAGAUGCUGCUGCACACCAUAGCAAGAUAAAAGACACAAUUGCAACAGGAACAGAGAAGCUUGUGCACAUUGGUGUGGAUAUGGGCUAUUUUCUACCUGAAAAUGAUCUUAGUGAACAAAGUAAUUUAGAGUCAGAACUAGCUUUGACUGAUUGCAAGCACUUUUCUGGACUGUCAACUGAUGUUCAAAGUCACAGCAGAUGUCUGUCCAGUGAUCAUUUGGAACCUUUAAUCAUCAAAGGUGAUUUCACUGGAAGUGAAAAGUCUCUGUUGAACCGUAUCAUUUAUUACCCUGGUAGCAAACCCACAGUUUUGAAUGUAUCUGGGGAGAAAUACAUUUUACCUGCAGAUUGCAACUUCUUGAUGUCUGAUGCACAGAACUUAGGACCUCUUGUUAAUUAUGCCCAAUGCUAUGGAGGUUAUAACUUGCUGGUGUUGGAUCCUCCAUGGUUCAACAAAUCUGCGAAGCGUGGCUCAAAGUAUUCCUUCAUGUCAUUAUGGCAAAUAAAAUCACUCCCAGUCCCUUGCCUUCUUGCCCCUGGUGCUCUGGUGGGGAUCUGGGUUACCAACAAACAGAAGUACUUAAGGUUUACAAGGACAGAGCUCUUUCCUCAUUGGUCCAUGGAGCUAAUGGCAGAGUGGUACUGGGUUAAAGUAACAAGAAAAGGAGAACUUGUGACUGAUUUAGAUUCACCUCAUAAAAAACCAUAUGAGCCACUGUUAUUAGGACGUUUUAAUCCAAAGAUGGAUGGCCUAAGGUCAUCUUGUUGCCUCAUAAAUAAUGAGAAAAACUCUUCUGAAAAGGAGAUGGAAUCAGCCUUUGUUGAUAGGGGAUCUCUCAAUGAAUCUUCACUUCCAACUAAAAGGAAAAAGAUCAGUGAUAAUGAUGAUGAUAUCAGGACAGAAUACACCUGCGAUAUAAAUAAAAAUACAGCUAUGGCAAUUUCACUUGAGUGGAAUCCACCAUCAAUAUAUAAAUCAGUUGGGGAAAUCACCAGCCAAGACAGUAGACAUUGUGAAACAGGAGUUCAGAAUCCUAGAAAUUGUUGGUUAAAUUGUCAAGGAGUAUAUCAUGAAGAUAAAAUGGACAUCACACAGGGCUUGAAUAGUCCAACUGAGGUUGUGCAAAAACAACAAGCUAUGCAAAAGGUUAAGGAGCAGGAGCAGAAAGGCAGUAUUGGUAUUACGAAAAAUAGUUUGAAAAUCUCAAGUGAGCAAUCAGAACCUAAAGAGCUAGAGCCAGAUUCUAAACCUUGUGAGUUGUUACCCUAUCAUCAGAUCAUAUGCAGUGUUCCUUGUAAGAUUCAUUCCAGGAAGCCUCCUCUGCAUGAAAUCUUUUCAAAGUACAUGCCACCUAAUUCAUUAUGUCUGGAAAUGUUUGCUCGAAAUCUAACUCCUCACUGGACCAGCUGGGGGAAUGAGGUGCUUAAGUUUCAGAGCAUGGAGUACUUUGAAGAGUGUACAACUGAACAAGUACCUAGAAAAAUCCAAGAAAAAAAUAGUAUUCUUACAAAUUGCUAACCAUGACCUUGUGGUGGCUGUGUAUCAUUUGCUUCCAAGUUUCUGAUAGUAGAAGGAAGAUUCUUUAGCAUUUUUGCUGAAAGCUGUGAAGUACUGUCUUUGAUUAGUAAAAUUUGUUAUCAGAAGUUGAAACCUUUGUAGUUUUUGUUGCAAAAUCACCCCCACAGUGUGUUAAGAUUGCAGAGUUGUCUCAGCAACCAAAUUUUCUUCUUGGUAGCAAGCUUCAUUGUAGCACAUCCUUAUAUCUAAUAAAAACGCAUUAUAGACCAGGGUUCAGUUGUAUAAAGGGUAGAUAACGCUAUCCGACGUAUAAAUCGCUAUAAGUGAUAACAAAACGUAUAGCGUUAUCCACCGGAUAGAGAUUUAUUCAGUGGAUAGUGUUAUCCGACCUUCGAACAACUAAGGCCAGAAAGUUAUUUAUUAGAGACCAUGGAUGUUUCCGGAAAUGUAAUGUAAGAACUUAAUAACAUCUGCAUCCCAUACAAUUUUGCGCUUCCUUCAUCCUGUUAAACUAGAGAAAAGCCUUAACCUGCAUUAUGAACUGUCGCUUACAAUAACGUUGUUGCAUUUAGGAGAACUCAUGUUUCAAUUGUUUGAAUUGGCGUUAGUAU